AAAAAAACUGAGACACAUUCAACACAUUUAGUUUUUUUGGAUUUGGAUUGUUAUUGAUUUUUGGAGAGAAAAAAAAAAUUCAAGAUAUGCCACCUAAAGGAAAAGGAGGUAAAGGCGAUACGACAAAAGGUUCGAAUAGUGGUGGAAAAUCUGGUGGUGAUGCAAAAGAAAAAAAAGGCGGUACAUCGGUAAAAGUACGUCAUAUAUUAUGUGAAAAACAAUCAAAAGCAUUGGAAGCAAUGGAUAAGAUAAAAUCCGGAAUGAAAUUCAAUGAAGUUGCGGCACAAUAUUCAGAGGAUAAAGCACGACAAGGCGGUGAUCUAGGAUGGAUGACACGUGGUUCAAUGGUCGGACCAUUUCAAGAUGCAGCAUUUCAAUUACCAAUUUCUAGUUUAGAUAAACCAGUGUAUACGGAUCCACCGGUUAAAACUAAAUUUGGUUAUCAUAUCAUUAUGGUUGAAGGAAAAAAAUGAUGAAUUCUUUUUUUGGAUUUUUUUUCUACAAAUAAUUUUUUCACUGGUAUUUAUGAUCCAACGACUAUUCGGUCGUGUUAUUAUAAUUAUGAUGGAACAAAAAAAUUGUGAAAAUAAAUGUUUUGAAAAUAA